AUGCCGACCAUUUCGAGACUGCGGUCCGCGGCCCUUCUCGGGGCCUCUGUCAAAUCGUCUGCCACGUCUUCGUCCUUCAGGCCUUCCGUCCUCCAUCACCGCCGAUUCUCUGAUUCACCGGCCUCGCCAGUAGCUCCUCGCAGAACACCAGGCCUCAACUUGGGGUUUUCCAGCACAUACGACCCAUCCGAAGAUGUUGUACGGGGUCCUAUAUUCGAUAAGCCGAGGUUUGGUAGUGUGCCUCAAUUUUAUCCGCGCGAUCUAAAGAAGCUACUUGAUACCUAUGUUAUUGGUCAAGAGAGGGCUAAGAGGACGACAACUUCCACGGUCUUUAACCACCACCAACGAAUGCAUCACAAGCUGCGUCAAGAAGAAACAGACCGCUUAACAAGGGAGAAGCUGCAACGGCAGAGGUUUGCUAGAGACAGGGAUUUGCAUGACAUACACCGGGAAUCGCACAAUUCCAACGAUGCAUACGAGCUUGACGAACGAUUCGAGCUGCCCGAAGGAGGGUAUCGAAACUACAAACCCGAGCCUGUCGGUGGAUUGCAUAUACCAGAAGGCCCAACACGUGCUGAGGAUGUCAGAAUCGAUAAGAGCAACUUGCUACUUAUAGGCCCUACAGGUGUGGGCAAGACAUAUAUACUCGAAACACUUAGCAAGGUCUUAAACAUCCCAUUUGCCAUAUGUGAUUGCAGCAGUUUCACGCAGGCCGGUUAUGUCGGGAAGGACGUGGAGACGUGCAUUGAGAGACUUCUCAUCGAGGCAAAUUACGAUACGCGGGCAGCCGAGUUUGGCAUCGUGAUUCUCGACGAAUUUGACAAGAUCGCAAGGAAGGAGGAGGCGAACAACAGGGACAUCGGCGGUGAGGGUGUGCAGCAAGCCCUCUUGAAGCUCGUUGAGGGGACGAAGGUCACGGUCAGCAUCAAGGACAACCAUUCCUCGCGUUCGGCCAGUCCCAUCACCAGUACAUAUGGAUCCCCAAAUGCCUCAUUGCCGCCACAAGGCUCAUCCGCAUCUGGCAAAAUUGAGCAGUACACAAUCGAUACCAGCCGCAUCCUGUUUGUUUUCUCGGGUGCUUUCGUGGGUCUUGACAAACACAUCAUCCGAAGGGUCGCAAAGCCGUCUUUGGGGUUUGGGUCCGAGCUCCGAAGCACAAAAGACUCUACUAUUGCAGGGAGCAAGGCUGUUUUACCUGCGAAGAUGUAUGCUCACCUACCACACCAGCCUGCCGACGACGACCCGAAUGGUGCAAACUUCACACCCCUAGACCUUGUCAGCCCGGCUGAUCUCCAGGCCUUUGGGUUCAUCCCAGAACUCAUUGGCCGUCUGCACAACAUAUGCGCGUUGACACCACUGUCGGUGGACGAGCUAUACCGUAUAUUGACGGAACCGAGGCACAGCCUCAUCGCCCAGUACACGGCACUGUUCGAGACAUAUCCAAGCAGGCUAUAUUUCACCCAGAGAGCCCUCCACGCUAUUGCCGAGCGGGCCUCAAAGGUUGACACCGGCGCCCGAGGCCUAAAGAUGGAACUCGAGCGGGUGCUGGCAGAGCCUAUGUUUGAUGCUCCCAUGGCAUACGUCCUGAUCACAGAGGGCUGCGUGAACGGCACGGACAAAGCUGGAUAUUGGGGGAAAGACGGGCUGUUCGAGGUUCAAAGACGUAUUCGAGAUGAAGACGAGGGUCUUGGCCGGGACGCAGCUGUUUUGACGGAACUACCGCACGAGCAACCACGACAGGCCGGACAGAGCGGCGUUUGA